GUGUAUAUCAAAAUACACCGAUUAAAAAAACGUGCUAAAUUAUUCAAAAGGAGUAGAAAAAAAAAACGUGUAUUUUGAAUAAUUCAUGAGGUUGGUGGAUGUUUGCCCCGCCCACAACACUUGUUCGGUCGGUCAGUUGUCCCGUCACAGCACCCGUCCCAGAAAUGUCAUUAUUCCUGGCGAGGCAUCAACAACAACUGUUCACAAAACUGCGUAAUGUUUUGAAAAUACGCCGUCAGAAAGAUUAUAUCUAGUCCAUUUCAUAAAGUCGGCUAUUUGUUAUGGCUGUUGCGGAGCUAGUGGCAAAAUGCUUGCAGGCACGAGAAAUGGCUUACUGUCCGUACAGUGGGUUUCCAGUCGGUGCUGCAAUUCUGACGACAGGGGGCGCCAUUAUAACUGGAUGCAAUGUUGAGAAUGCCUCCUAUGGCCUUACUGUGUGUGCGGAGAGAACUGCGAUACAGAGAGCAGUCGCAAAAGGAUACCGAAGAUUUACAGCCAUAGCGGUCACAUGUGAUAUCAAAGAUAGUUUUGUGGGACCCUGCGGUGCUUGUCGACAGGUAUUAAUGGAGUUUGGCACAGAAUGGGAUGUUUACCUCACUAAGCCAGAUGGCACCUAUAGGAAGACCAGUCUCAGAGACCUCUUGCCUUUAGCAUUCACCCCGGCUCACCUGCAGAAGAACUGAAUCCACUACCCGAAAAUGUCCUUUCUUUUUUUUUAAUCUAAAUUUAGGAUUGAUACCACCAUGAACUGUGAUGUACAUGCGGCCAUUUCACUCACAUUAUCAUCUCUAUAAACCCUGCAUUCUACAAAAGUAUUUAUUUAAAUAAAAAGGGUCAGAAUUGUUUGAACUGCUUUAGUUGAAUAUCAACUUUUUUUAAUGCAUAAAAAUUACAUUAAAUGUAAAACAAUUAAAAAAAGAGAGUUAGAUUUUUUUUAAGUCUUAACCUUUUGUUCCUUGUUUAUUUAGAGAAUAUAGAGAUAGAAAGAAUGGUUUAAUACUUUAUACUUUUCACAAAAGUAAAAACAUUGUUUUAAUAACACUUAUUUAUUAAGCAAGGA